GGAAAAAGUUGCAUGCACGCCCCACCCCCCACUCUGGCACACUGCCCCCCCUCUGCUUGGUUAUCACCGCCUCCGCUCGCUAAAUUCUCGAGACCUCAACAAUCUCUCACGGAGUAGAUCUCACGCGAAUAUUUGUCUUUCAGCUUUCUUGGGAGUCCAACCAUGGUUGCGCAGGAAUUCACCGUGGAUCUGAAUAAACCCCUUGUCUUUCAGGUUGGCCAUCUUGGAGAAGCUUAUGAGGAGUGGGUUCAUCAGCCUAUUGCUAGCAGAGAAGGCCCUCGUUUCUUUGAAAGUGACUUUUGGGAGUUUCUCACCCGCACUGUGUGGUGGGUAAUUCCUGUCGUAUGGCUACCUGUUGUAUGCUGGUUCGUUUCAAUGUCUCUUCGGAUGGGUCACACUGUUCCUCAUGUGGCACAAAUGGUAGCAUUGGGUAUUUUCAUUUGGACACUGAUAGAAUACAUUCUUCACCGUUUCCUUUUCCAUAUUAAGACAAAGAGCUAUUGGGCAAAUACCUUCCAUUAUCUUAUUCAUGGUUGUCAUCACAAGCACCCCAUGGAUGGGCUGCGCCUUGUUUUCCCUCCUGCUGCUGCAGCUGUUCUCUGUGUACCCUUCUGGAACAUGGUGAAGUUCUUUUCUACACCCUCUACUACUCCAGCUUUGUUCGGAGGAGGAUUAUUGGGUUACGUCAUGUAUGAUGUGACACAUUACUACUUGCACCAUGGACAGCCAAUAAGUAAUUUGCCACGAAGUCUGAAGAAAUACCACUUGAAUCACCAUUUUCGUAUCCAGGACAAAGGUUUCGGCAUCACAUCCUCAUUAUGGGACAGAGUGUUCGGAACAUUACCUCCAUCAAAAUCAGAUGUGAAGAGUAGAUGAUUGGAUUAAGAAAACAUUUGUCCAAUGAGUGGUCAUUACUAGACAGGCCGUCGUAAGCCUUAGAAAUUCUUUUCACCGCGUGCAUUCUUUCCCUUCAUCAACCUUGGCAGUGUUAGUGUAUGAAAAUGCUUUGGAUACUACUGUAUAUGCAUCUUUCUCAUCUUUGUUUAUCAUUGUUUUGAAAUAACCAUAUCAUUAUUAUGUUCAUGUUUUAUAUUUAUGCCAAUUGUUCAUUUUGAAAUGAUAGAAGCAGCUUAGGAGCUAUGACUUCAGGGGCUUUUUUGUCUUUCAGGAGAAUGAUAGAAGACAUAUUGGGGCAGUUUUGAGAGGUUAUGGCUUCAUUGAUGGGUUUUUUUACUCUGGUUUAUUUGGGGUUUAUGCAGAUUGCAGGCUGAUUGGGAUUUAGGUUUGCGUGUUUAUCGGCAACCGUGUGCCGGGUCUACGAUUUAUACUUGGCAUUGCUACCUUGAAAAGUUAAAAGCAGGAAAUGGGUCGGGUUCAAGUUAGAUUUUACCAGACUUGAAUCCGGUCACACUUAAUAUUCGGUUAUAAUUUUUUUUACCCGAAUCCAACUUACGACCCGCAUUCGGACCUAAGUAGUAACACGGAGCCCAUGCUGUCUAUUUCUGUUAACUUUACCACUCCCUUGUCCAAAAGAAUAUUAUGUUUUUCUUAUUUGAAUGUCCCAAAAUAAAUGUCUCAAUCUGUU